UCUCAUAGAACAAACAUCACCCUCGAGCGCACUCAUUCCAACUCCAUUCAAACACCAGUACCAGGACCGCAACCAUGUUCUUCUUCUUUACCUGUGGAACCCAAGACUUCUCCGGAGCUCUCAAGGGAUUUGAACAUAUUCGCGUUGUCUGUCCGAGGUGUCACAAUUCCUCGGUUGUCGCGAUUAAGCGUAGGAACUUCUUUACCUUCUGCUUCAUUCCUAUUAUCCCCCUUAGCUGGGGAGAGGAAUUGAGAUGCACUAUCUGCCAAUAUCACCAAUCGACGAGUAAGGAGCAACUCAUUGGCAUGCAAUCGCAGGGUGCACCAGCGGCUCCGCCCCAGCCGCAACAUAAGUAAACGAGGCCAUAGAGACCAGCACAGGGAGCCGGGCACAUGGUGAUCGAUACGUGGAUUCUAGGCGAAAGAGUUCCGAGCAACCAUUUUCUGGGGAUAGUUUUUUUCUUUUUCUUUUUCUUUUUCUUUUUUUUUCCCCUUCUUCCCUUACUUCAUGCUUGUAUUGCUUGGGGGCUCAAAUGAACGCGGUGGGGUGCCGGCUUGUAGUUGGCUCUAUCUUGGAUUUGCUGCAGUUGAGUUGUUGGGGUAAACUUUAUUUGCUUUUUCCCACCCCCUCCUUUUCUCACCUUUGUUGGAUUGGGGAUACGGGCACGCGAUGGUGGGGAUUAUAAAACCUAUCAAGUAAUUUCUUUGGUGGUUUAAGCUGCUUUCUUCUUUCGUGGGGUAAUGGUACCGGUAGUGGAGUACCGUACAUUUGAAUUUAACCAAACCAUUUUAUUA